AUGCUGCGGGCUGCGCUGAGCCGCGUGCCGCCGCUACUGAGCCGCAGGUGGCCCCAGGGGCCCGGCCUGAGGGGGUUGUGGGGACGCGGGGGCGGCCCGGAGGCUGCGGAGAGAAGGCAGGCCGGGGUUGGGGUCUGGGGCUGGCGGCGUUUGAACUCGGGGCCCGGGGCCGCGCACUACCAGCUUGUCUACACUUGCAAGGUGUGUGGGAGCCGGUCCUCCAAGCGCAUCUCCAAGCUGGCCUAUCACCGGGGCGUGGUCAUUGUGACCUGCCCCGGCUGCCAGAAGCACCACGUCAUUGCCGACAACCUGGGCUGGUUCUCAGACCUGGAUGGGAAGAGGAAUAUUGAAGAAAUCCUGGCGGCCAGAGGGGAGAAGGUGUGCCGAGUGGCUGGCGAGGGGGCCCUAGAGCUGGUUUUAGAGGCUGCCGGGAACCCCAGAUCCACCCCUGCUCCAGAGAGUGAGGACCAGGACCCCACUCAUCCUGGCAAGACGGAGCCCAGCUGACUCUGUCUUCUGCCUUCCGGAAGAUGCUUCGGCCCGGGGCCUCCCGGGCUGGCCUGUUUUCUCUCAAUAAACACACGUCCCAUGGA